AAAAAGAGGACGGCGCUGAGGAAGAUGGUAGCGCCGAAGAGGGUGGCCCAGAAGAAAAACAGCUGGAUGACGACGCGAAGGAUGAGGAUCAGACUCGUCGUGAAGACGAAGCAGGAGGUGACGAAGAAGACGCCGACAAGAAAGAAGGCGAGGAGGAAAAUGCUGAAAACGAGGACGAGAAAAAGGAGGAUGAAGAAAACAAGGAGGACGAUCUACCGACACCUGCGCCUGAGCAAAAUGCAGCUGAUCUUCUCGACCGCGCGCCGGAGGAGAAAGAGCCGGGAACCGACGACGCGGCCGAGGAAGAAAAAGAGAAGAAGGACGAAGAAGACCCUGCUUCGAAGCAAGCAGAACACUGUGGCGAGAGCGGAGAUCAGGGAGAAGCUGCUCCCAUUGAAGCUGACAAUGAGGUCCAAGACGACAAUGCUCCUAACGACAAUAUGACCAGUGACACGACAGGCCAGUCCCAGGAGCAGCAGGGCAGCAGGAAGUCGGCACCUCAAAAAGCUCAAGAGAAAUUGCAACAGCGCCCUAAGGACCGCAAUCGCUCAGCGCCUCAGCAGCAACGCGACGACAAGAACGAUCAGACCGAUGCUGCCGACGCCGACGAGAAUAAGUUGGAAAAAGUCGAUGUUGUUGAUCCGGACCGUGAGGAUGACAAUGCUCAGGACUUGAAGCAGGACCCAGAUUCCAAGGAGCAGGAUGAGAAGCUGGAAAAGGGUCUCCACGAAGCCGACGAAACGUCGAAGCAAGAGGCGAUCGGCGAGGUGCGUGAGCUUGAUCCGCAACAGCAAGAGAUCGCCAACCGAAUGAUGGAGGAGGAACUCGAGGAACCACUCCAAAUGAAAGAAGACCUACCAGCGGAUGAGGAGGAAGACGCAGA